GGCGCCCGCGGCGGGCAUGAGGCGGCGCCGGCGGCUGCAGCAGGAGGACGGCAUCUCCUUCGAGUACCACCGUUACCCCGAGCUGCGCGAGGCGCUGGUGUCCGUGUGGCUGCAGUGCACCGCCAUCAGCAGGAUCUACACGGUGGGGCGCAGCUUCGAGGGCCGGGAGCUCCUGGUCAUCGAGCUGUCCGACAACCCCGGUGUCCACGAGCCGGGUGAACCUGAAUUUAAAUACAUUGGGAACAUGCAUGGUAAUGAAGCUGUUGGACGGGAACUGCUCAUUUUCCUGGCCCAGUACCUGUGCAACGAAUACCAAAAGGGGAACGAGACAAUCGUCAAGCUGAUCCACAACACUCGUAUCCAUAUCAUGCCUUCCCUCAACCCUGAUGGCUUUGAGAAGGCCGCAUCGCAGCCUGGUGAGCUCAAGGACUGGUUUGUGGGCCGAAGUAAUGCCCAGGGAAUAGAUCUGAACCGGAACUUUCCAGACCUGGAUAGGAUAGUUUAUGUUAAUGAGAAAGAAGGUGGUCCAAAUAAUCAUCUGCUGAAAAAUCUGAAGAAGAUUGUGGAUCAAAACACGAAGCUUGCUCCUGAGACCAAGGCUGUCAUUCAUUGGAUUAUGGAUAUUCCUUUCGUGCUCUCUGCCAAUCUCCACGGAGGAGACCUCGUGGCCAAUUACCCAUAUGAUGAGACGCGGAGUGGCAGCGCUCAUGAAUAUAGCUCCUGCCCGGAUGAUGCCAUUUUCCAAAGCUUGGCUCGAGCCUACUCUGCUUUCAACCCACCCAUGUCGGACCCCAAUCGGCCACCGUGUCGCAAGAAUGACGAUGACAGCAGCUUCAUAGACGGAACAACCAAUGGUGCUGCUUGGUACAGUGUACCUGGCGGAAUGCAAGACUUCAAUUACCUCAGCAGUAACUGUUUCGAGAUCACCGUGGAGCUUAGCUGUGAAAAAUUUCCACCUGAAGAGACUCUGAAGAGCUAUUGGGAGGAUAACAAAAACUCCCUUAUUAGCUACCUCGAGCAGAUCCACCGGGGAGUUAAAGGCUUUGUCCGGGACCUUCAAGGUAACCCAAUUGCCAAUGCGUCCAUCUCCGUGGAAGGAAUAGACCAUGAUGUUACAUCUGCAAAGGACGGUGAUUACUGGAGAUUGCUUGUACCUGGAAACUAUAAACUCACAGCUUCAGCUCCAGGCUAUCUGGCAAUAACAAAGAAAGUAGCAGUCCCUUACAGUCCUGCUAUUGGGGUUGACUUUGAACUGGAGUCGUUUUCUGAAAGAAAAGAAGAGGAAAAGGAAGAAUUGAUGGAAUGGUGGAAAAUGAUGUCAGAAACUUUAAAUUUUUAAAAAAGCUUCUAAUUAGCUGCUUUUAAUCAAUCUAUCUAUACAAUGUAGUAUGAUGUAAUGUGGCCAUUUUCUUUUAGAUCUUGUGCAAUAUUUAACAUUGAUUUAUUUUUAAUCAUUUAAAUAUUAAUAGAUAUCACUUAAACACUUAGACUUUUAGGUAAAAAAAUAUAAGAACUUGGUCUGUUUCUUCUCAUAUAAUAUUCAUUUUUCCACAUAUUUUACAUGAAGGACUAUAAAAAAGGUUUAAGUGAUCUUGUCAUUUUAGACUUAAAUGUGUAUUCCACGUGCUAUUUACAUCCAGAACUUUUUGAGUAAUUCUAGCUUUUAAAAAUUUAUGAAGUCCUUUUAAUGUAAUUGGUGACAAUGCCACAUAGUGAAUGCCACUGAAAAGGUCAACAGCUACAGUUUGGUGUUGUGAGCAUUAUACGGCAAGACUUAAUAGUUCAGUAUAAAUUGUCAUUUGUCUUGUGCUGACUCGCUAUAUAAGCAUGAUCUUGUUAAUGCAUUUUUUGGAUGGGAAGGAAAUAGAAAUGUUUAGAAAGGGAUUUUAUGAUGAGAAGGGAAAUUGACUUCUUGCUUGUACAUAUGGGGGCGAUACUGUUAUAUUAUUCAGCCUGUUAACGCUACUUAAAAGUUUAGGGUUUUCUCUUGGUUGUAGAUUGGUCUAGAAUUGCUUUCUGAAUAAAUAAAAGUAAAAAAUAACA